CAGAUGGAAGGUUGAUAUUCACAGAAAGACAGCUUAUGGCAGCGUCCAAUGGCACAGCUGGGGAUGUGUCUGUCACUUAUCAGCUAAUCUUUGCUCAAGACAUGGAUGCUGGGCUCAGUACUAAAACUGCAGUGUCUGUGUUAACAUCUCUGUUCUUCAUUUUUGUAAACUGUGUGAUGCUCUUUGCUCUAGGAAGCAAGCGUGUGUUCCAUGAGACGCCGCGUUAUAUACUUUUUGGCCACAUGCUUAUGAAUGACUCUGUGCUUUUGCUGGUCUCAAUCUUAUUGUAUACACUGGCUCAGCGUUUCCUUCCAAUACCCAAAUCCAUAUGCACUCUGUUAGUGUUGAUCUCCCACUGCACUUUCCGUAACGCUCCUCUGACUCUCGCACUGAUGUCUCUGGAGCGGUACGUGGCGAUCUGCUUCCCUCUGAGACACUGCAACAUCGCCACACCAAAAAGGACUGGGAUCGCCAUAGGAAUCAUCUGGUUGCUUAGUUCUAUAAAUAUUAUAACUGACAUUAUAUUUGUUUUAACUGUCAACCCCAGUUAUUUAGUUGGUAUUAUAUUAUGCUCAUCAGAAACAUUGUUUCUAUUCAAAUGGCAGCUGGAUAAAUAUCAAGGGUUUGAUGUUCUUUAUUUUGUGUCGGUUGCAGUGAUCAUCAUUUUCACAUACAUUAGCAUUAUGAUCACUGCUCGGUCUGUUUCCUCUGAUAAAGAUUCAGCUAAAAAAGCCCUCAGAACGGUGCUGUUGCACUUGAUUCAGCUGUGUCUGUGUCUCACCUCUUUCUUGUAUGUUACAAUAGAAAGAACACUGUACAUAAUGACUGGAACCAACUCUUCUCUCUUCAGAAAUCUCAGAUAUCUCAAUUUUCUUAUUAUUCUCAUUCUACCACGUUGCCUGAGUCCUCUGAUCUACGGUAUGAGAGAUGAAGCAGUGUGGCCCUUGUUCAAAUAUUUUUUCUGUUAUCGUUCAGGAAAAGUAAAGCCCUCUGUUAAUGUACAUUAAUGUUUUUUUUUUUUGACAAAUGGUUAUAUCCAAUAUUGUGGCGCACAAGUUGCAAACACCUUAAAUAUAAUAAUUGCAAUGUUUAAACUUGUUCAUCAAACUCUCAGAUGAAAUUACCUGACUGUUAUCUGGGUGAGUAAUAGGCUAUAUCUGUGCAUAUUUUAACAUAAUAUUUAUUCAUUUAUAUAUAUGCAUAUAUGUAUUCUUUUCAUUUUUAAUGCUUUCAUUUUAUUUAUAUUAUAAUACAGAACCUAUUAUUGAUUUUUGAAGUUUCUACCUGGGUGCUGAAAUUACACUUGUAUAAAAACACUUAUAUAAAAUAAUUUUGGGAAAAUAAUAAUGUCUCCUAAACAGGGACAAAAGUAUAAACAUAAGAUAAAAACUGUUAAAACCUCACCAAGAAUUCUAUGUACAUUUCCAUAUAAUUAUUAUUAAGUAUGCAGACAGCUAGCCUGUAUAAUGCAUUUGUACACUUUUGGGCUCCAUAUGGAAAGUCUUUUCAAGGCUUUUUGUAUCUACAAACAACAUUUCUGUAUAGCUCAUCAUGCAUGUAAAUAAACCACCCUUACUGUAUGUGAGAUUGAAUAAUAAAUAGUUUAUUCAAUUAUUAACAGAUACAGUGAUCAUAGAAAUAGUUCAGCAUUUGUUUGCUUGCUCAAAAUAUACUCUAUAGACAAACCUGUAUAAUGUCCAUUUAUUGCUUUUUAUAAUCUAUUUUUCUUCUAUUAUAUCUCACAUUUAUGAUCUAAUUAUAUGUACAUACGACUAAGAGACAGAAUGCUCCUACCAGACAAGAAGGGAUGAUGGCAUUCUCGCAGAGAAGAUCUUGCAUUGCUUUUGUUUGGUUGUAGGGACUGUUAACAGAGAUGGACCCUAUCCCCAGCCUCACUCAUUUUAAAUCUGAAUCCAGUUUUAAAAAAAAUCCAAUUUUCAUGUAUUCUGGCAUAAUUGGGUGUUCAAAUAAAUAAAAACAUUGUAUGAUGGUAAUACAUAGUAAGUAUUUUUUUAAAGAUACUUAUAGAUAACUUUUUAGUACAACAUUUGUGCAAUCAAAGCCUCAAAAUUAAAAUGAAAGGCUUCAGUGAGCUUCUAUUUUUAAACGGGGAAGG